CUCGUGCAGACGUUGACUUUCACAGUGAAAAGUAGUCAAGUCUGCCUGAGGAGUGUCCGGAGAGUUUUACAAAAUGCUACCGUGGCUGAGUUCCCUGUUACUGUGUCUGGUGAACUGCCCCUCGCUGUCACCCACUCGGGGAGACCUGUACACCUCCCUCCUCAACAUCCAGGAAGAAAUCGCCGUGGAAAAGGUGCUUCUGCAACAUUUACAGACUUACAUUGAAAACGAGAUCUACAGAAUGGACGACCUGAAACGAUUUUAUGAGAAAGUAAAGGCACUACAUAGCAAUGUUUAUCAGGAACCUGGGAAAGCAAUAUCAAAUCCUUUGUUUGCCUAUACUCUUAUAAAGAGGCUGCAGAGUGACUGGCAAAAUAUUGUAUAUAGCAAUGAAGCUAUUGAGAAUAUCCAAGCACUAAAGGAUGGUUAUGAGAAAGUCGAGGCAAAACUCCCAAAAGCUGAGGACCUAGAGGGAGCUGCCAAAGGUUUGAUGAGGCUGCAGGAUGUGUACGGCCUAAGCACAAAGGGAUUAGUCAAAGGGGAGUUUCUACAGGUGGCUGGAGACGAGAUUUCCAUUAUCUACAGGCCAACCCUGUCCAGUAACCUUUCAGCAGAUGACUGCUUUCAAAUUGGAAAGAUUGCCUAUGAUAUAGGUGACUACUAUCACUCAGUUCCUUGGCUGGAAGAAGCAGUCACCCUUUUCCGACAAAGCAUCGGAACUUGGAAUACUGAGGAUCAAGGAAGUCUUGAGGAAGCUCUAGACCAUCUGGCCUUCUCCCAUUAUAUGACCGGAAACGUUAAUUAUGCAGUGACUCUAUCUAAAGAGCUACUUCAGCUUGAUUCAGGCAAUAGACGAAUUGCCAAGAACAUACAAAAGUAUGAAAAAAUCUUGCGAAAAUCAUUAGACACUGAACGAAAGGAAAUUGUGCUACAAAGACCAAAUGUGACUCACCUGCUUACAAGGGAUACCUAUGAAUCAUUGUGUCAAAGAUUGGGCUCACAGCCAAAGCACUAUCAAGAUUCACAGCUUUAUUGUUCCUACGAGACAAAUCUCAGUCCACACUUAAUUCUGCAGCCAGUGAAAAGGGAAAUUAUCAGCCAGAAGCCAUAUGUCGCACUGUACCAUAAAUUUGUCAGCGAUUCCGAAGCACAGAGGAUAAAGGAAAUUGCUGCUCCUUCGUUGCAGAGAUCAGUGGUGGCCUCUGGAGAGAACCAGGCUGCAGUGGAGUAUCGGAUCAGCAAAAGUGCCUGGCUCAAAGACACUGUGGAUCCAGUGAUCAGAAAGUUGGAUCAACGCAUUUCACAUCUUACUGGCUUAAAUGUGCAGCCGCCUUAUGCAGAGUAUCUCCAAGUAGUCAACUAUGGGAUUGGAGGUCACUAUGAGCCACACUUUGACCAUGCAACGUCCCCAAACAGCCCAUUGUAUAAACUGAAGUCUGGAAACAGAGUGGCAACAUUCAUGAUAUAUUUAAGUGCAGUGGAAGCUGGCGGGUCAACUGCUUUCAUUUACGCGAACUUCAGUGUUCCUGUCGUCAAGAAUGCAGCUCUAUUUUGGUGGAACCUCCACAAAAAUGGACAAGGCAAUUCAGACACCCUUCAUGCUGGCUGUCCAGUGCUUGUUGGAGACAAAUGGGUGGCUAACAAGUGGAUCCGAGAACAUGGGCAGGAGUUUCAAAGGAAAUGUGGAGCGGACCCAGAUGAGUAAACGACCUCUUCGUCAUGGGACCUCUUGGAGUACAAGAAACUGUGCUGUGCAUGGAGAUGGGUAGCGCCAUAUGUUUCUGAAAUAAUGACUGGGAAUCCAAGCUUUGUUUGGACAGCAGUGAGGCAGUCUGGCCUGCAGCCAAAAUAUACUUCAGCACUGAGUAGUAUCUGAAGAAUGGAGCUGAGCAGUUGUUAACUCCAGGCAAUAAAGCUCUUCAUUAGUGGCAAUGCUCCCCCCCACUCCCCCCCCAAACCCAAAACCAGGACACAUUGCUGCAAAUUUCCAUUCAUUUUCAACACUGACUGUGCCAAAGUCAUUGAUUUCUGCUGAAGGGAAUUUGGCGUCAACCACAUCCGAUAUGGAAAAGCUGAAGCAAAGACAAGAGGACAAUAAAUUAACUCCGAAUAAAUGAAGCCAAGAAGACGUAUUUUGUGAAAUCAGUUCACUGAAGCAAAUUUUUGCACUGCAUCAUUCAAUUCUGAGGAGAAUCUCCUUGGAAAAUUAAAGGAAAA